GCUGCCGCGCCGCAGCUGGCCCUGGCCCUCCCGCUGCCCCCGCCGGCGGAGCCGCCUCCUCCGCAGGCCGACAUGCCGCGCUUCGGCCUCCAGGCCCCUGGCCCCUUCGACGACGCGGCCGCGCAGGAUCCUUCGCCGUUUCGGACGCCCGAACCCUCGGAGCUGCUGGAGGGCUGCGGCGGGGUGCCGCGCAUCGCCCUGGAGCUCCGCGCGGGGGUGCUGGCCUUCCCCCAGGAUACGUGGGACGUGCUCGUCGGUCUGGAGGAGCGCACCAUCGCCAUCCCAGUGUGCCGGCACGAGGGCACCGCAGGCGUCGUCAGCUGCAGUUACCGCAUCGAGGCCCGCACCGCGAGGGCGGGCCGCGACUUCGUGGACGCCAGAG